AUGUCCUCUAAUUCGAUUAAGUUGCUAGCCAGUGAUACCCAGAGAAAUCUGGCGGAGCUUGUGGCGAAGCGCUUGGGGCUUUCGCUGACCCCUGUGGACAUCAAGCGUGAUUCCAACAAGGAAGUGUCGUUCUCCAUUGGGGAGUCCAUCAGAGACGAAGAUAUCUACAUUAUAAUGCAAAUCGGGUCAGGAAUUGUCAAUGACAAGGUUUUGGAACUGCUGAUCAUGAUCAACGCCUGCAAAACUGCCUCUGCGAGAAGAAUCACUGCUGUUCUGCCAAACUUCCCUUACGCCAGACAGGACAGAAAGGACAAGAGCCGUGCGCCUAUUACGGCCAAGUUGAUGGCAGACAUGCUGACGAGUGCCGGAUGCGACCACGUGAUCACCAUGGAUCUGCAUGCUUCCCAGAUUCAAGGUUUCUUCGACGUGCCCGUUGACAAUCUCUAUGCAGAGCCUUCAGUUGUUCGGUAUAUUCGAGAAAAACUGGAUGUCAAGAACGCUAUUAUUGUGUCUCCAGAUGCGGGAGGAGCCAAGCGUGCUGCUGGGCUGGCCGAUCGUCUGGACCUGAACUUCGCUCUUAUACAUAAGGAACGCGCCAGAGCCAACGAGGUGAGUCGCAUGGUCCUUGUUGGAGACGUAACCGGCAAGACCUGUAUUAUUGUGGACGACAUGGCCGACACCUGCGGAACUCUGGCCAAGGCUGCUGAGGUUCUGCUGGAAAACGGGGCCAAGGAGGUCAUUGCUAUUGUGACACACGGAAUAUUGAGUGGAAAUGCCAUCGCAAACAUCAACAAGUCCAAGCUCGAACGAGUUGUGUGUACCAACACCGUGCCGUUUGAAGAAAAAUUAAAGCUUUGUCCAAAGCUGGACACCAUCGAUGUCUCCGGUGUCCUGGCCGAAGCCAUCAGACGUUUGCAUAACGGAGAGAGUAUAUCUUUCCUUUUCCGCAAUGCUCCCUAUUAGAUUGAUUGGAUUUAUAAAGAUAAAUUAUUCUCGUGCUUGU